AUCACCUCUUUCCUAAGGCUUUCCCUCUGCUUUACAAGAAUAAACAAUAAUCAUAGUAAGCACUCUCCUCAGUCUCCUCCAAUCUCCAAUUCUCAUCUCUCGGUUGAGUCUCUGUGUGUGUUCUGCAAGUUUGUCACUAAUGGAGAACCCAUUUCACCUUCUCCUUCAUGUUGCAUUUACAUUUUUGUUCAUUGUAUUUCCUUAUUUCUUGAUGUCAAUAUCUGCGGGGGAUGAUGGCGGUUUUUCGACAAUCAAGUCUGAUGGAGAAGCUCUUCUUCUAUUCAAGAAGAUGAUUCAGAAAGACCCCAAUGGAGUUCUCUCGGGAUGGCAGCUGAAAAGAAAUCCAUGUUAUUGGCAUGGAGUAACUUGCACUCUUGGACGAGCAACCCAACUUGACCUUAGCAGGUCUAAUCUCUUUGGAACUAUAUCAUUCUAUCCUUUGGCGUCUCUUGAUAUGCUAUCAAUUCUUAAUCUCUCAUGUAAUUCAUUUACUGUAAAUUCCUCUACAUCUUUGCUUCAACUCCCUCCUGGUUUAAAACAACUUGAUCUAUCUUUAAGUGGACUUGUUGGUCUAAUUCCUGAUGGGUUCUUCUCCAAGUACCAGAAUCUGGUUUUUGUGAAUCUAGCCCACAACAAUCUAACAGGUUUUAUACCCAACAAUCUCUUAGUGAAUUCUGAUAAUUUGCAGGCUCUUGACGUUUCUUUUAACAAUCUAACGGGGUCCAUUUCUGGUCUGAAGUUUGAGAAUUCCUGUGAUAGCUUGUUUCUUCUUGAUCUCUCUGGCAACCAAAUUGCCGAUGUUAUUCCUUCAUCCCUUUCAAGCUGUACAAACCUUAAGACCUUAAAUUUAUCAUAUAAUCUGUUGACUGGUUGGAUACCACCAGCAUUGGGUGGGCUUCAUAGUUUGCAGAGGUUGGAUUUAUCUCAUAAUCAUCUCACUGGUUCUAUACCUUCUGAAUUGGGAGAUACUUGUGGUUCACUUAUUCAAUUUGAGCUUUCCAACAACAAUAUAUCAGGUUCAAUUCCUGCCUCCUUCUCCUCCUGUACUUGGCUACAAGUGCUUGACUUGUCCAGCAACAACCUAUCAGGUCCCUUUCCUGAUUCUAUCCUCCAAAACCUUGGCUCAUUAGACAGCUUGUUGUUGAGCAGUAACUUCAUCUCUGGGAGCUUUCCUGCUUCAAUCUCGAACUGUACGCGAUUACGAGUAGUCGAUUUAAGUUCCAACAAGCUCUCUGGUACCAUUCCACCAGAUAUAUGUUUAGGUGCUGCCUCACUAGAAGAGCUGAGACUCCCUGAUAAUUUCAUCAAUGGAGAAAUCCCACCUGAAUUAUCACAAUGUUCACAGCUGAAGACGAUUGAUCUCAGCAUUAACUAUCUCCACGGCCCUAUUCCAGCGGAGCUUGGAAAGCUUGCAAAUCUUGAGCAUCUGAUGGCCUGGUUCAAUGGCUUGAAAGGGAAAAUCCCCGCUGAAUUGGGGCUAUGCAGGAAACUAAAGAAUCUCAUUCUCAACAACAAUUUCCUCACUGGUGAAGUCCCAAUUGAGCUCUUCAAUUGCAGCAACCUUGAAUGGAUAUCUCUCACUAGCAAUGGCAUCACCGGCGAGAUUCCACAUGCAUUUGGGCUCUUGGAGAGGUUGGCUGUUCUGCAACUUGCAAACAACAGCUUGAGCGGCCAUAUACCAAAAGAGCUGGCGAACUGUAGCAGCCUGGUCUGGUUAGACCUUAACAGUAACAGGCUUACAGGGGAGAUCCCUCCUCGGCUGGGAAGGCAGCUUGGAGCAAAAUCACUCAGUGGGAUUCUUUCAGGUAGCACUCUAGCAUUUGUGCGCAAUGUUGGGAAUUCAUGUAAAGGAGUUGGAGGGUUGUUAGAAUUUGCAGGAAUUAGACCUGAGAGGCUCCUAGAAGUUCCAAACUUGAAGACCUGUGAUGUCACUAGGUUGUAUUCUGGUGCAGUCUUGAGCCUAUGGACACAAUACCAGACUCUCGAGUAUCUGGAUCUUUCCUACAAUGAGCUUACAGGGAAGAUCCCAGAAGAAUUUGGGGACAUGGUGGUCCUACAAGUACUGGAUAUAGCCCACAAUAAGCUCUCUGGAGAGAUUCCUGAUUCAUUUGGCCAGCUUAGGAAUCUUGGUGUGUUUGAUGCAUCCCAUAACAGAUUACAAGGGCACAUCCCAGAUUCAUUCUCCAACCUCUCCUUCUUGGUUCAAAUCGAUCUUUCUGACAAUGAAUUAACUGGCCCAAUUCCAUCAAGAGGGCAACUAAGUACUCUUCCUGCAAGCCAGUAUGCAAAUAAUCCAGGACUCUGUGGUGUCCCACUACCUCCAUGCCAGACCGAAAGUGGGGCAUCAACGACAAGUCCUGUUGUUGAUGGUAGUAAGGGAAGUGGACGAACCAAGGCUGCAUCAUGGGCUAAUAGCAUUGUCUUAGGGGUUCUUAUCUCUGUGGCUUCUGUAUGUAUAUUGAUUGUUUGGGCAAUUGCUAUGCGUUCAAGGCGGAGGGAAGCCGAAGAAGUUAAGAUGCUCAACAGCUUGCAAGACUCCCAUGCUGCUACAACAUGGAAGAUAGACAGGGAGAAGGAGCCAUUGAGCAUCAAUGUGGCUACCUUUCAGAGGCAGCUGAGGAAGCUCAAGUUCUCGCAGUUAAUUGAGGCCACUAAUGGCUUCUCAGCUGCCAGCCUAAUUGGGUGUGGUGGGUUUGGGGAAGUGUUUAAGGCUACUCUCAAAGAUGGCUCUAGUGUUGCAAUUAAGAAACUCAUACACUUGAGCUUCCAGGGGGACCGAGAAUUCACGGCAGAGAUGGAAACUCUAGGAAAAAUCAAGCAUAGGAACCUUGUUCCUCUAUUGGGUUAUUGCAAAAUUGGUGAGGAGAGGCUCCUUGUAUAUGAAUUCAUGGAGUUUGGAAGCCUCGAAGACAUGCUCCAUGGGAGGAGAAAGUCACGAGAAGGACGAAUAUUAACAUGGGAGGAAAGGAAGAAGAUUGCGAGAGGGGCAGCAAAAGGGCUAUGCUUCCUGCACCACAAUUGCAUCCCACACAUCAUACACCGUGACAUGAAGUCAAGCAACGUACUCUUAGACAAUGAGAUGGAAGCAAGAGUAUCAGACUUUGGCAUGGCAAGGCUCAUAAGCGCAUUGGACACGCACCUCAGCGUGAGCACACUGGCAGGAACACCUGGAUAUGUGCCACCUGAGUACUACCAGAGUUUCCGUUGCACUGCCAAAGGAGAUGUUUAUUCAUUUGGUGUUGUCCUCUUAGAACUCUUGACAGGUAAGAGACCAACUGAUAAGGAGGAUUUUGGAGACACCAAUUUGGUGGGGUGGGUGAAGAUGAAAGUGAGGGAAGGGAAGGGGAAGGAAGUGAUUGAUCUGGAGCUGCUUUCAGCUAUCAAAGGAGGCGAUGAAGAUGAAACUGAGGAGGUUAAAGAGAUGAUGAGGUACUUGGAGAUAACAAUGCAGUGCGUGGAGGACUUUCCUUCCAAGAGGCCCAACAUGUUGCAAGCGGUGGCUAUGUUGAGGGAGCUUAUACCAGUAGGUAGCAAUGAGGACAACAGUGGAUGAACUCCACCAAGCUUUUACAUUUAUUUAUUCUGUUCUUCACUACUAAAAUAUUUUAAGUGUAAAUUUGGUUUUUGCAGAUGUUCUUAGAAUUUAUGAAUGUAUAAUGUCUCUCAAAAUCUCACUUUUUCAUUCUCUUGUCCUUGCCCUUCUGGUGCUCCCUCUGUCUUUCUCCCACUCUUUGCUUCUUGAGUUUACAAGUGUUGUGUAGUUUGAAACAGAGUGAAUUACCAC